CAGCGCCGCGUAAAAGCGAUGAGCGAGAUGAAGAUCGAGAUGGGGGCCGACGCCAAGCUCCACCUCGCCGAUGCCCUGUCUGCCUGCACCGACGCAGUGCUCUCGGCCGUCUGCCAGAAGUACGACCAGAUGUUCACCGACAAGGCCACCAUCAUCCAUGAAAUGCGCGACCAGAUCUCCACCAAUGUCCCCGCCAUGCAC